UUCAACAAGUGAACUGACUCGAUAAAAAAAGGCAGUGGAAAGCUCAAAGAAGGGACGCAUUUGAAGGAAAGAAUUUCACCCUUGCAUUACACACACCCCAACUCAUCUGCUCUCCUCUCAUCGCUUCCCUUCCUUUCAUUUCAGGUUUCAAACUCCCAUUACCAAAUCUAUCUUUUACACUUUUGGGUUUUCCAUUAAUCUACCUACCCUGUUGAUAGUUAGGGUUUAUUUCCAAGGCAGUAGAGGACAUGUCAGCACUUGGUGACGAUGAGCUUAGCAUAAUCCACGACUGUCUCAAUGAUCAAAACGACAGGAAUUCUUUUUCUCUUGUUUGUAAGCAAUGGCUCAGAGUUGAGGGCCAGAACCGAUUAUCAAUCCGGGUUCUUGAGCCCGAUUUGCUUUACAAUUUUUUACCAAGAUUCCCCAAUUUACUCACAUUUGAAUCAUCGAAGUUACUCACCAACGCCCACCUGCAAUUUAUAGCCAAAACUUGUACCAAGAUCGAGGUUUUCAAUCUUAAUUUUAAAGAAAAAGAUGAAAGUUAUGGCUAUGAUCAUCUGUCCAGUGGGGAUAACUUUGGUGAUGAUGGGGUUUGUGCUCUAGCUAAUGGUUGUCGAAAUCUAUGCAAAGUUUUUUUAAGAAAGAGAAGAAAUAUUGGGGAUGACGGUGUUAUUUCAAUUAUUAAUAAUUCAGCCAAAUGCUUGACAAAUUUGGAUUUAGGAAGAUGUAGUUUAAUUGGUGAUAGAGCAUUAGAAGCAAUUGGGAUGGCAAAAUCGAUUCAGGUUUUGAAUUUGGAUGGUUGUUCUUUGAUAACGGAUAAAGGGUUGUCUUUCUUGGCGAAUGGGUCUUGCUCAAAAUCGUUGAAGAAGUUAGUUAUGGUGGAAUGUGAUAGAGUUACGGAUCAUGGAGUGUCUCUUUUGCGGCAAAUGUGUUGUUUGGAGGAGUUGAAUUUAGCUGAGUGUGGACCAAAAGUGACUGAUUCAGGUGGCCUUGCUGUUGCUUCAAUUAAGACUCUAAAGAAAUUAAAUUUUUCUUGGUUGAUUAAUGUGUCAGAUAUUACACUUGUUGCAAUUGCUGAGAAUUGCAACAAUUUGCUGGCCAUCGAUUUAACAGGGUUAGAGUUGAUUACAGGAGAUGGGGUUCGUGCUCUCGGAAACCAUGAGUGUUUGGAAAGUCUAGUGUUGGCUUCUUGUUACAAUAUCAAAGUAGAUGAUUUGGAUACAGUGCUUGCUCGCCAAUCAUUGAGGUACAUUGUCCUUGAUAAAGGGUUGAGAAUUUGGAUACCGGCAGCAAUGCAGGAUAACCUUAGCAGAUUCUGUCAAUUACAUUGGAGAUAAUUGAUUAACAAGAAGGUACGAGGAUCUAUUCACGUAACACAGCCUUUUCAGGAUGAAAAUAAAAGCUGUUAGAGAAUCAAAUAUGCAAUUUAGUUUAUGUAGCUUUACAUCUUGAGUUUAGCUGAUAUGUUUGGAGAUUAUUUGGUGAUUAAGCAAAAAUGAUCAACCAAUAUUGAAGGGAGCUUGGAUAGUUGUCAGGGAAGAUUUCAAACGGCUAACUACAUCAUAGGCAAAUUUUCUUGUUUCUGAAGCUGUUGGUUGCAGAACUAUUUGCUUAAGCCAAACUCAUAGUUGAAGUGUUUUUUAUAAUGUAACUCUUGAAUAUACAAUGUCCAUUCUGUUUAGGAGCUUGUUACUGGAUCGAAGAUUAGAAGUCUCAUUUUCUUUUGCCAUGACCGCCUUAUCACACAUGUCAUGCCGCAUGACUUGUAUGAAGAGGAAGAUUAGGCUAUUCAUCUCUUUCCAGAAACUGUUCUGUUUUUUUUGUUUUUAAUUUGUUAUCUUUUCAGUCAUUUAACAGAUAUUAAAUGAAAGUAAAAGAUAUUUAUUGAUUUAUGAAUGUUGAUAAUUGCUAUUACUUUGUAGCUGGUUUCUGAUAUGUCUCACAUGCAAGACAGUGCCCGGGUAUAUCGUGACAUGUUUGUUGAUGUUAUUGUCCCAUUAGAAGGAACCAUUAGCAGGUAUCAGCCAUGAAAUGAGACUUUCUUAUAGAUUUUCCAUAGCCCUGUCUCCACCUUCACUCGGUCAAAUGAAAGUUUGAGGCAUCCAAGGUUGAUUGUAAGUGAAAAGCACAUAGGGUUCAUCAGGAAAAAAAAAGCAUAAGCUAUCAAGGCAACAGCCAUGGAGACAUGAGGCAAAAGAAAAUUGCCGGUAAUUGGACACAGUUGGCACAAGACAGUGCACCUACUUCAAAUCGCGUGAAGGCUAAUCCUAGUAUCCCACAUCGGGUAGUCUGAUGAGAGAGCACAGGUCGAUUUCAUAUAAAAAUGCCAGUGCUAUGUUGAGAUGGGUAUCUUUGCGCUUGGGGCAAUGACGCAGCUAGUGAGGUUCUAACCGAGGCGCGUCUAUUGCUGGUUGAAAACUAUUUCCAAACCCCCUCGUUGGCCUGGGCUUGCCUCGGGCCAUCGAGAAUUUCUGGAAGGGCUCCCUCCGGGGUAAA